ACAAAUAAAGAAAUGCCAGACCAAAUUUCUUAUCUUGUAAUAUAAUCAAUCAAUUCCAUUCCCAUUGAACUUCCUCCUCCUCCUCGUAAUGAUAUGUCCCUUCAUCUUCACUCUUCCAUGAAACCACACCAACCCGUUUCCUGAAUUUCUUCUUCAUCAUCAUCUUCUUCUUCUCCUUCUCCUUCUCCUUCUCCACCAAUUCAAUCAUUUCUGCUUGUUAUUCGGGUUGGAAUCUUGAUUUGCUUGCGUGUUCCGUUUCAUGGCGGUGACUCCACAUGCCUUCCCGCCUCGGAAGCGCCGGCCCUCCGCCGGGGCCUUCAUCUCCCCCAAGUUCUCCGACACCGAGCUCGUCCAGUCCCUCCUCCUCCUCUCCCAAGAAAUCUCCAACAUCAAGCCUUUCAAGUACUUCCUGCGCUGGAGCUCCCUCUCCAUGAUCCGCAAGGUCCGGCUCCUCGCCGUCCUAUUCGAGGAGCUGCUGCGGAGCGGCCACCGCGCCUUCUCCGCCUCGGCGGUGCUCUGCUUCGAGGAGAUGUACAUACUGUUGCAGAGGAUCAAGACCUCGAUCGAGGACUGCUCCAAUGGCAGCAAGAUGUGGCUCCUUAUGCAGGCCGAGACCGCCUCCCACGACUUCCGCGAGCUCACCUCCGAGCUCUCGACCGUGCUCGACGUGUUCCCCUUGGCCGAGCUCGGCCUCGGGGAGGACAUCGUAGAGCUCGUUGGGCUGAUUAGGAGGCAGUGCUCCUCUAAGUCCCCGGUGGGGCCGCUCGUGGACUCGUCCGACAAGAAGCUGAGGCUCGAUGUGGUGGCCAUCCUCGAUAGGAUUAAGGCCGAGAUUAUCCCCGAUCAAUGGAAGCUCGCAGAGGUCUUCGAGCGUCUAGGACUGCGGGACUCUUCGAGCUGCAGGGAGGAGAUGGAGAGCCUGGAGGAGGAGGUGCAGAAUCAAGUCGAUGAGAGGUCAAAGUCCGAGGUUGUCGCAUUGAUCGGCCUCGUAAGGUACGCGAAGUGCGUCUUGUAUGGUGGGUCUACCCCGAGUAGCGAGUUCCGGAGGCGGAAAUCAGCCUCCGGUUUGGCGGUCCCCGUGGACUUCAGAUGCCCCAUCACGCUCGACCUUAUGCAGGACCCCGUGGUCGUAGCGACGGGGCAGACAUAUGAUAGGGAUUCUAUAUCAUUAUGGAUUCAGUCGGGCCACAAUACAUGCCCCAAGACGGGGCAGGCACUGGCCCAUAAGGACCUUAUCCCGAACCGUGCAUUGAAGAACCUCAUCGCCAUGUGGUGCAAGGAAAAGCGAAUUCCGUUCGAGACAACACCACCGGGUGAAGGCAGUAGGUCCCAUAGCAUGGUCACGAAUAAGGCCGCGCUGGAGGCCACAAAGAUGACUGCUUCAUACUUAAUAAACAAGUUGGCCGGGUCCACAUCAACGGAGGCUGCAAAUGGCGCUAUUUAUGAGCUCAGAGUGCUGGCGAAGACGGACUCUGAUAGUCGAACUUGUAUCGCUGAGGCCGGGGCACUCCCGUUGCUAGUGAGGUAUUUAGGUUCUGAUGUUGGCUUGGCAAACCCGAGCUUACAGGUCAAUGCUGUGACAACGAUCCUCAACCUGUCCAUCCUCGAGGCGAACAAGGCAAGGAUCAUGGAUACCGAAGGCGUCCUCAAUGGGGUCAUCGAGGUAUUACGGUCAGGGGCGACAUGGGAGGCUAAGGGGAACGCUGCAGCCACGAUAUUCAGCCUCUCCGGCGCGCACUCCUACGUGAAGCGACUUGGAAGGAAGAUACGCGUCAUUAAGGGGUUGACGGACCUAGCGAGAGACGGUCCCAACAACACAAAGAGGGACGCCCUAGCGGCGAUUCUCAAUCUGGCAAGUGACAGGGAGACAGUCGGGAAGCUGAUCGAGGGAGGCGUGGUGGAGAUGGUGUGCCAGCUGCUCAAUUCCCUGCAGGAGGAGGCGGUGACAGUGCUCGAGGCGGUAGUUAGGAGGGGCGGCAUAAUGGCAGCAGCAGCCGCCUACCCUGCUGUCAGAAAACUGGGAGCGCUGCUCAGGGAAGGGUCAGACCGGACCAGGGAGAGCGCUGCCUCCACCCUCGUGAUGAUAUGCCGGAAAGGCGGGUCAGAGGCAGCGGCAGAGCUGGCGACAGUGCCGGGGAUAGAGAGGUUAAUCUGGGAGCUAAUGGGCACAGGAACUGCCAGGGCUAAACGGAAGGCAGCCUCCCUCCUCAGGAUACUUCGGAGAUGGGCUGCAGGAUUGGAUUCUGUGGACGUAUCGGAACCGUACACGACCACGACCCUGAUGUCGAAUGUGAGCUCUUCGACGAGAAUAAUGCUGCCGAGUUAAAAUCAACAUUGAUUCAUUGAAUUUGUAAAUGACAUUCACAUUCUUUGUAAUUUUUUUCUGCUCUUUUUUGCCCACAUUCACAAAUUACAUUCAAUGCAAAAUGCAAAAGCAUCUCUGUUACAGCUCA